AUGAGUGUGGGAAGGGCCCACCACCACAGCUUCCUGUCCUGUGAAGAAGAAGGACUUCGGCUGAGUACCAUGCCUGCCGUGGGCAGCUUUGGCAAUGGCAAAAUCCACACAAGACGCAAAUACCACAGCCGCUUUGUCAGCAAGACUGGCCAAUGCAACAUCCACUUUGCAAACAUGGAUGAGAAGUCACAGAGGUAUAUAUCUGACAUUUUCACCACUUGUGUGGACAUCCGCUGGCGGUACAUGUUCCUGCUGUUCAGCCUGGUAUUUGUGGUGUCCUGGCUGACGUUUGGCCUGGCGUUCUGGAUCAUUGGCCUCCUGCACGGGGACAUGGAAGACCGUGAAGGGGACAACUUUGUCCCUUGUGUCUCGCAGGUCAACACCUUCGUGGCAGCUUUCUUAUUUUCUAUUGAAACCCAGACAACCAUUGGGUAUGGCGCUCGCUGUGUGACAGAAGAAUGUCCGGCCGCUGUCUUCAUGGUGGUCUUCCAGUCUAUCAUAGGCUGCAUCAUUGACGCAUUCAUGAUUGGUGCAAUCAUGGCCAAGAUGGCCAGACCCAAGAAGCGUGCACAGACACUACUGUUCAGCCAUAACGCUGUGAUUGCCUUGCGUGAUGGGAAGCUCUGCCUGAUGUUCCGGGUCGCAAAUCUGAGGAAGAGCCACAUCGUGGAGGCUCAUGUGCGUGCCCAGCUGGUGAAGCCCCGUUACACCGAGGAGGGCGAGUAUAUCCCCCUGGAUCAGAUUGAUAUGAAUGUCGGCUAUGACAAAGGCACAGACCGUCUGUUUUUGGUUGCUCCUCUUACCGUCAUACAUGAGAUAGAUGAGGAAAGUCCACUUUUUGGCAUCAGUAAGCAAGAUCUCGAAACUUCUGACUUUGAGAUUGUAAUCAUACUUGAGGGUUUGGUGGAGGCCACAGCUAUGACGACACAAGCGCGCACCUCCUACGUGCCCUCUGAGAUCCUGUGGGGUCAUCGCUUUGAGCCCCUGAUCUUUGAGGAGAGGAACCAGUACAGGAUAGACUACGCCUACUUUCACAAAACGUUCGAGGUACCAUCCACCCCCAGAUGCAGCGCUAAAGACAUGGAGGAGAGAAAAUUCCCAACGUCUGGCGCCAACUCCUUCUGCUAUGAGAAUGAGCUGGCCUUCAUCAGCAGGGAUGAGGAAGAAGAAGAUGCUCAGAAAGGGCAAGACAAAGUGUGCUCAUCUGAGCUGACCGCCAUGAGACAGGAUCAGCCACCUUCGCGCAGAGAGUCAGAUAUUUAA